AUGCGGCCGGUGUGCAGCGUCUGCAUCCGUGCAGAGGCGCGCUACACCUGCCCACGGUGCCAAGCAGCCUACUGCAGCCUCGACUGCUACCAGGCACAUGGCAGCAAAUGCACGGAGAGCUUCUACAAGUCUCAGGUCGAGGAGGAGCUCCGCAGCCACAAGGUGUCUGACGAGGAGAAGCGUCACCUGGAGAAGGUGAUGGCAUCACUGGCGAGAUUGGACGCUGCUUCCGACGAUGAGGACGAGGACGUCUACCUGACGCGGCAAGCACAGUCUUUAUCGCUGGGAUGGUUGGAGGUCCUGGUUUAUCCAGGCUCCCUGGCGUUCAGCUGGGAGGGCGUCGGCAUCUCUCUGACGCUGGCUGGGCUCUGCUACGGCUUUCAGCCUCUGCGGAUGGUGCUGUUUGCCUUGUGCUACGGCCAAGUGCUCAAUCGCAUCUUGAAGCUGGUUUUUCAGCGUGAGAGACCGGUACCACCUGACGAUGUGAAGCGAAUGUUCCGCACCAUCAUCAUAACGGACACACACGCGGACGGUGCCUCCUUUCCGUCGGGCGACACGAUGGCCGGGAGUGUAACAGGCGCCUCGCUGGCACUGGCCGGCUGUGGCAGCGGCUGGUGGCUCCUGGGCCUCUAUGUCGGCUUUGGCCGUGUGUAUUUCUUGGCACACCACUGGCUGGAUGUCAUUGCUGGAUAUGCGGAGGGCUGCGCUGUGUCGCUGUUAGCAGCCAAGGUGAUCCGCAUGCACCAGGAUGGCUUCGAUACAAGGCAGCUCAUGGGGCUGCUCGCAGCCGGCCUAGGCCACUUCCUGCUGCUUCUCGUUGGGCUUGGCCUCCUCUUUGCUGAGGCCGAGGAUGAGGGCGACGCUUCGGAGAAGCGACUCGAGAUGCUCGCCGAGCUCGCUGCGUCGGGAGAGCUGCGCCUUGAAGAUCUCACGGAGGAGGAGGCGGAGUCCUUCCGGGUAGCGCUGAAGAGCGGGGAUUUGGGCCGCGCUCUGGGCGCCUGGAAGCCGUGGUGGCAGAAAGUCGCCGCCGUGGACCUCCUCUCCUUGGAUGAGGACGAUGUCUCCGGCCUCGAAGGCGACGAGUCGCUGCACCAGGAUCCCCCACGACACCUCUGCUGUUCUCCAGAUGGGAGCCGACAGGCGCACCCCUCCGUUGUCUUCACAGUUCUCGAGGCGCUUUUCGCCUACGUCCACACGCUCCGCGCCUUCAACGGCGACUGGAGAUGGGACCCUCUGCAGGCGGCAGCACACAUGUUCCAUCUCGGCAAAGGUAUUUGGGCCCACCAAGUGCACGAGUCAGCAACCAGCACGCUUCAAGCGCUUUGGCAGCUAGCCUCAAAGCUUCCGAGUGGCGGCUUUGGAGCGAACUUUGACCGCCACUGCGUCGGCGACGUGGCCACCAUCCUCAGCCGGGGAGUUGGCUCCUGUGCUCGGGCCCUCCGCGAAGCCACGGACCUGGCCACGGCCGCCGCAGACGCCGCGGAGGAGGGAAAAGUUCGCGGGGCGGCCCGGCUGCGACGCGGAGUCAAGAAGCUGGACUUCCUCACCUCUUUUGCCUGGCACCAUCCAGAGGCUUUGGGCGCUGACUUGGCAGCCCAGGUACAGGCCCUGGAGGAGGCAGGAACGAAGCUUCAGCUGUUGCUACCGUAG